AUGCCUGAGGGAAAGAACAUCGUUUCCGAUAUGGACGAGAACUGCGAAAUGAGGACUGAUGCCGUGACACAAGCCUCGAUUGCUAUUCAAAAGUACAAGACUGAGAGCGAAAUGGCGAAGCACAUCAAGGCAUUCUUCGAUGGGAAGUAUGAUCCGAAUUGGAUGUGCGUCGUUGGUAAGGACUUUGCCAGCUUCGGUACGUACGAGACGAAGACUUAUCUCUUCUUCUACAUCGGACAGAUUGCUGUAAGGAUCGACGUCGGUCAUUCUUCCUGCUUCCUGUGUUGCAACUCGUGCAGUACAAGGAAUAAGCUCCUCCUCAUAUAUCAGUAA